CUUUUUCUUUUUCGUUUGUUCCAUACACGUCUCACGAUGGAUGAACAGGAAUUGGAUUCCAUUUACAAACAAACAUUAUCUGACGAACUGGUUUACAUGACGAAGAGUGCUAUUCAAGAAUAUAUUUCCACUUACCCUCAUGCAUUUGCUCUUGACGUUUUAUAUCCUCACCAACCUCGAGAAGAAUUAUCUGUUUUGAUGGCCAAGAUGACUCAAUUGUAUCAAGAUAUUACUCAACAUUAUAUGAACAACCAAGUUUAUUUCGACCAUACUUGGCAUUGGACACUUUUAUGGCGACAACAAUUAUCUAUAAAACAUCUAGCAGAACAACAUGGAAAAGAUAAGGUGAUCAUGGCCAUUCAUCCUAGAGCAAGAACAGCUGUACGACAUAUGUUUGAACAAGAUUUGGAUGGUUAUAUGCAAUGGUUCCCAUGGAAUUGGUUUUCCAACAUGAUAUUUAUUGGAGCUGGUGGAUUUAGUGCUGUUUAUAGUUGUGAUAUGAAUCCUACUUUUGAAAUUUUACAAACUACAAAAAUGGCUUUGAAAAUUGUGGAUGAUAAAGUACUCAACGAGAUUUCGGUGGAAUCCAAAGUGUUUGCUCCAUUGUUAUUCCAUGGAUUGACAGUAUGUGAAAGCACAGGCGAUUUAAUGAUGGUGAUGAAACUCAGCAAUGAUGGUAAUUUGGAGGAUCAUAUGCAGUUACUUCCGUUGGGCGAUUUGGAUUUGAAAACAAUUACUGGUACUAUUCUUCGUCUUGCUGCCAAUCUAGCCGAUCUUCACAAUGCAGGACUUUGUCAUCAUAAUGUCCAUCCUCGUAAUAUUAUAUGUACGGACAGUGAUUACUUUUUAGUGGAUUAUCGAUAUUCGACCGUAGCACAAGAAUCCAGUUCUGUGAUGGCAUUGACCAAAGCUGUGUAUGGCCGCCUUCCUUAUGUGGCUCCCGAAGUACGACGUGGACAAUAUAGUCAGAAAUCAGAUAUUUACAGCUUGGGCAUUAUUAUUUGGCAACUCGUCAGUAAAGUCAUUUUUCCUUCACCUGAUGUUCUUUUGGAAGGCCACAACUAUAAAAACAAUCAUGAUGAUGAUGGUGAUGAUGAUGAUGAUAGAAAGAAAGAACAAAGACGAUGGCGAAGACCUGAAUCUCAUGUCUAUCGAAUUGAUCCAGUUCCUGGUGUGCCUUCAUGGUAUACGAAUCUUUAUGUGGCUUGUUUGGAACCUUUACCUCAACAUCGACCUACUGCUCAAGAAAUAUGUCAAGCAUUACACCCGAUUCAUGAACAACUUGAUUAUUCCGUCCCACUUCCUCGGUCUGUCACUGAAUACAUCGUCGCUCGUCGUGCUGAAGUGGCGGAUUUUUUACGUACUUAUGCCAAACUCAAAGGUCUUGUUUCCGUCUCGGCUUCUCGUCUUUUUGCUCAGAAUAGUCUUCCCUCCACUUUAUCUUUUAUUUUAUUACCAUAUAACAAACUUCCCUUUUCCGCCAUUUGGAACCCAUUAUAAAUUAGUUAUUUUACUUUAUUUAUUCACAAAUAAUAAAACAAUC